AGCUAGCUGCGUUGGAAGCCCUCCUCCAUUGCUGAAGGCGAAACCUUGGAACUCGUCUCUCACAGGCAAUUCUCCUUCCUCUUCUUCUUCAUCGUUGUUUUCUUCAUCCAACUAUCUAUCGGUGAUCAUCUCGGUGCCUAUUAUUUGAUUUCGUUGGAACUCAAAUCGAAUCUCACGGAAAAUGUUAGAUAGGGUUUAGCAGUUAGGAGUGACUGCUUGGUGUUUGAUCUUUUGCUCCUGGGAGGCGGGUUCUUCUGCUUUCCACAGAAAAAUGUUUUGUCUCCUGGAAUUUCUUAGGGUUUUUGUUGGACGAGGAAAUGAUCUUAAAAUCUCCGAACACACGGGAUUGAUCUCCUCCGACGGAAUCGAACAGGGAUGGAAUGAUCAUCGGAUCUGGUAAUAGAGAGGUUAGAUUUUUACUGACUCAGGAGCUCGAGAUCCAUCGUUUUGCAUAUAUCUUUUUGCAGUGAACUAGAUUUUCAACCCCGGUUAAGCUAUUCAGUUGAUCAAUUCUUGAGCCCCUCCUGUACUCCCGGGAGUUAAAGGUUGGUCGGAGAAUCACCAGUUAGAGCACAUGGUGUUUGUUGUACUUGGGUUGUCCAGUGCGGAAGAAUAAUUGAAAUACCUGCUGCUGUUGUUGUGUUCUUGAUUUCUGUUGGAUCGGAUUACACACUCGACGCUUCUAGGCCAUUGGAACGUUAAUGUUAUUCAUAAACUGAUUGGGUUUCAGACGGAUGUUUUCUCUCGGAGACCUUGCUUUUGCAUAAUUUUUGUGAUUCCUUAAACCAAAACUUUAUAUCUGUAUGUAUCUGACAAAGAUGCAUGGUAGGCACCGUAAUAUUGGAAAUGGCUACAGAUCUGGUUCAAUGGAAAUAGGGAUGCCAGCCUCUAGAAUUUCACCAGAUCGUUCAAUGCGCAGUCAAGGGUAUUAUGGUUCAGAUCAACGUGGCUUCAACCGUGGAUACGGGCGUGGCCGUGCAUACCCAAAAUCAUACCAGAAUCGACCACCCCCACCUACUCCACCACUGCAACGCAAAGGUGGUGGAGAUAUUUUCAUGGAAGCUGGUCGUUUGGCAGCAGAGUAUUUGGUUUCUCAGGGUGUCCUACCAUCAACAGUGCUUUCGGGUAAAUGGCAGAAUGAUAACUUCAGGAAGCAGGCAGGAGAGAUUCAGGGUUUUAGGUCACAAGAAACACAAAUGGGUAUGUUUUCUCCUGGUGUUAAUAAAAGGAUGUUUGUAGAUGAUUAUAGCUCAACGGGGUCCAGAAGUUACAUGGAGGGAAGGAGGUCCAACCGUUAUGGCUCUGAUUUUGGGAGGAGUGGAUCAUGGUCAGAGAGAAAUAGGACUUCUGAAGUCAAAGCUUAUGAUGAUUCUGAGUCUGGGCAUCUUGAAGAACAGCCACUUGCUGAAGAUAAUGCUAGCUCGUUUCAGAGGUCAAACUCGGGUGAUUUUCCAAGAAAGCAUGAAGGAGCAGGUGAUUCGGAGUCUGACUUAAACAAGUACAAUCUUCAGGAUGAGGCCCAAUCUAAGACAUGUUCGUCUAGUGCUGGGAAAGAUAUAGUGCAUGGGGAAAUCUCAAAAGUAUCUGAAGAUUCUUCUAGCUUGAGUGCUGGGUCUGGAGAGCUGAAGGGUAGAAAUGGCGAUGGCAGAGAGAAUGAGAACCAGACAGGUUUGGAGGGCUGGUCUAUCCGGCAACACGAGGCGACAGAUGAAGUGUCCAUCAAGAAUGGGUUUGAUUUGGUAACCCUCUGUAAAUUCGCCAAGGUGCCUACCAGGACACGCUCUUCUUUAACUGCCAAAGGCCCAAAACAUGAUUUGAGUGAAAAUAUCAAGGGAAGCUCUUGUAAUUCUGGACUUGCAGAAGAAAAUCAAAUCCCACGUCUAUGUGAGUCUCCAGUGCAGUCAUCUGGAAAAGCUGACAAUCCUGAAUGUGCUGGCAACGAAAAUUUAAACCCCACUAACCCGGUUGGAGACAUGGGACAUGCUCAUAUGGCUGAGAAGAGUAAAUGUCAUAGGUCUAGUUCUUUCCCUGACAGCAUUCUCAUGAACAAGAUUACAAACAAUUCAGGAUUGGAGUUGGCUGAUCUACAUAGAUCUCAUUCGAUGGGAAAAGAAAGAGACGAGAAAAGGGCUGCUGAAGACUGUGAUUUGGAAAAAGGAGCAAAGAGACAGAGAGAGUGGCAGCCUUCUAUUGCUUCUGAAGCUAAAGCAAGUGAAAUAAAAAGUGACCCAGAAGAGGAAAGAACAUGCAUAUUUGAAGAGAAAGUAGUGGACAGUGCGAUGAAGGGCAUUGCUUGUGGUAGAUUGGUUGAUAACUCUGCACAUAAUCAGAUUCAAGUCGGGAAAUCAUGUGGUGGGUAUGCAGAAGAGCGGCACUUGUUUCCCGGUUCUUUUAAGAUCUGUGACCUUAAUCUAGAGGGGGCAUCGGAUGUGAAGGACAACAAUGUUGGCAACCCUAUGAUCCUUUUUCCUGCCAUUUCAGCAUCGAAAAGGGAAUCUCCUCAAGUAGAUUUUGAUCUCUCGAUAAGCAGCUGUAGCAAGUCUCUUGAGCACACUCUUCGGAUGAGCAAUGGUAAAGAGAUAGAAGUGAUUGACUUGGAGAAUGAUUCCCCCGAAGUGACUGAGACCUGCGGUAAUUCGGAGAGAAAGCUAAAUGCUGCUUAUGCGGGCUUUUCUCGUCAAACUCAGGCGGCUAGCGAAAUCCAUAAUGAAAUGCCAGAUUACAAUGAAGGGCUCAUGAUGGUAGAGUUCCUCGAUUCCUUUGGAAACAUCCCUCCAGUGAACGCAGAAAUCACUGAAGUGACUGAUGGCAUUAGUAGUCAUAGUCAUAUGCCAGAUAACGAGACCGGCCUUCAAAACUCGGAGGGAACACACGGAAGUGACCAGGCUCCUCUUCCUCAGUCUGAUGAUGAUUCGAUAUUCAUGUCACUUGGAGAAAUACCACUGACUUUCUUGCAAGCCUGGGACCAUCCACCGGCUCGGGGUUACGGCAAGCCUUUCUAAGUCAGAGCUUCUUUGUAACAUCAGAUGAGUAGAUUAUAUAUAUACACGUACUCGUAGAAUAUAUGGUCUUGUCUGUAUUAUAUUCUGUAGCUUCUAUCCCAGAAUUUGGACAUCUGGGUAUUGCACAAAGUAGAAAAUCAAACCGGUUAUCCUGGUGUAAACCGGAUAUCCGGGUGUAUCCCAGAUUUGGAAAUAUGUUAUGUACAUAAAAUAACUGA